GCUCCAGUCAGCUACAGUACCUGGGCUGCUGUUGUGGGGUUUUCUCUUGUGACAGCGUUCCCAUAUCUCUAAUCAUCCAUACCUACCUGACCUUUACCUUUACCUUACCUACUUCUGCCUCAAUCCGCGCUGACGCAACAUAACAUCCCCCUUUCACUUCUCCAAGUCUCCAAUCGACCUCGCAUCAAACAACCGAUCGAAUACUCAAUUAUCCCGGACAAACCGACACAAUGGAUUUCGGAAACUUUGGAACCAACCUUGGCAAGAACCUGUCCAACCUUGGGGCUUCUAUCACCCCCUUUGCGUCGCGCACCUUCCAGUACACCAAGGAGCAGUUCGGUCAAACUGAGGACAAGACCCAACUCCCUCCUGACUACAUCGAUCUCGAGAAGCGCGUCGAUGCCCUCAAGCAAGCCCACCAGAAGAUGCUUGCUGUGACCUCUCAGUACUCUAACGAGGCCUACGACUACCCCCCUAACAUCAAGGAGACUUUCCAGGACCUUGGUCGCACCGUCAGCGAAAAGGUCAGCCUCCUCUCGUCUGCUACCUCUCCCGCCGAAGCUCAGGCUGCCCUCGUCGCUCCUCCUGCCGCCAAGCCUCAGCCUAAGACAUUCAGCCAUGCUGUCGCUCGCGCCAGUCUGGCUAGCAGCCAGCUCCUCCACCAGCACCACACCGGUGCCGGAGAGGACCCCCUCGCAACCGCCCUGGAGAAGUAUGCGCUUGCCAGCGAGCGUGUUGGUGAGGCUCGUCUUGCCCAGGAUGCCCAGAUCCAGAGCCGUUUCCUCGCCGGUUGGAACACUACCCUCAACACCAACUUGACUUUCGCUACCCGCGCCCGCAAGAACGUUGAGAACUCUCGCCUCUCCCUGGAUGCCGUCAAAGCUCACGCCAAGGGUACCACUUUCAAGCUGGGCGGCCAUGCACAUGGCGACCAGCCCCAUGAGGAGCAAGAGCUGAGCCCUGAGGCCCAGGAGGAAAUCGAGAAGGCUGAGGACGAGUUUGUCACUCAGACCGAGGAGGCCGUUGGUGUCAUGAAGAAUGUUCUUGACACACCUGAGCCCCUGCGCAACCUUGCCGAACUUGUCUCCGCUCAGAUUGAGUACCACAAGAAGGCAUACGAGAUUCUCACCGAGCUCGCCCCCGUUAUCGAGGGCCUCCAGUCUGAGCAAGAAGCCGCUUACCGAAAGAGCCGCGAGGAGUCUUCUUAAGUUAGUGACAAAGGGAUGUGUGAUUUAAUUAUGCGUCGCUCAGACACGCGGCAUGCAAACGCCGAGUCGGACUUUACGUCCAUGAUAUGAGCGAACGCAACGCGUGCUGUGUUUCUUUUUCAGUUUUCUUACGUCAAGAUCCAAGUCAUAUGUCUGGAAGGUAUAAGAUAUUGUCUUGAUUCAGGUAUUGAGAUAUCAACCAACUCAAGAUUUGAGGGCUUCUUUUUUCUCUUUAUACUUGCAACGGACUUUAUGAGUCUAUUGCUAGCUCUAAGAUGUAGAGACCUGGUGAUGUGGUGUGAAUGGAUUCAACGAUAUUAGACCUGCAUGAUCUCGAUCAAUAGUUGACAUGCAACACUGCGACAUAUUGUCAAUGCAAAAUCUUGAGUUUUCCCUGGCCGUGGUGAAUAUCUUUAACUACAACUACAUAAGGUACCUAUCAUCUGGCAUUGACUCGUCAUGACGAUGUUGAAGAGUCACGUGAGCACACAC